CUCUUAUUCCCUCUAGCAUUGAACUGUACAGUACUAUCCAUAUUUCCCCCCCCUUUAAUUCAACCUCUUUCUUGUACAUAACCCUAUUUGAAACCCCGGAAACGACACAUUAAUAUACACAAUUGACCCAAUUGACCCUCAAAUCACCGCCACUAUGCUUCAACCCCUCCGUCUAGCCCGCGCGACCGGGAAAGCGACAAAAUCACCACCCAGACUCCAAUCCCGAUCGUUCCACUCCACAAAACCCAACCCCUUCUUCGCCGAAGUCAUGAGCAGCUCAUCCUGGUUCUUCCACGGCAUUCACGACAUCUCGGGUCUCCCCUGGGCCUACUCGAUCCCGCUGACCGCCCUCCUCGUCCGCACCGUCAUUCCCCUACCUCUCCAGAUGUAUACCAAACUCCAAGCCUACCGCGAACGGUCCACGGUGCCCCUUCUCGCCGCAUGGGGCCACCUGUACCGCAGGCGCGCGCAGAAGCUCCAACAAGUCGCCCGGCACGGGGCCGGAAAGCCGUCGUCCGACAGGCACGGGCCGCUCAAUCUGAAGGCGAUCGCCGCCGACGUGGACCGCGAACGGCGCGCCAUGCGACGGCGGCUGGGGAUCGUGCGCUAUUGGCAAGCGCUGCCGUUCCUGCAGCUGCCCAUCUGGCUCUCGUUCAUGGAGACCAUCCGCAUGAUGGCGGGGAGGGACACCGGCCCGAUCCAGUGGGUGCUCUCGCUGGCCGGCGUCGAGCUCGACCCGGCCAGCCGCGUCCCCGUCGAGCCGGCCCUCGCGACCGAGGGCGCCCUCUGGUUCCCCGAUCUGCUAGCCGGCGAUCCCACGGGCGCGCUGCCGGCGCUGCUCGCCGCGUCCAUCCUUCUGAACAUCCACCGCGGGUGGAAGGCGACGCCGCUGAGCGAGAUGGCGGAGCUGCCGGUCCCCGCCUUGGCGAAGAAGCUGUCCAUCCGCGGGCUGCGCUUCUUCGUCCAGCUGCUGGCGCUGAACGUGGGCCUCGCCUCGUAUGCCGCUGAGAUCCCCGUGGCGUUGCUGCUGUACUGGAUCUCGAGCAGCAGUGUCGCGACGCUGCAGAAUUGGGCUCUCGAUAGGGUCCUGGACGCGAGGAAGAAGAACGACCCGGAGCAUUGGAAGCAGGUGUAUCUGCUUUUUGAAUCCCCGGCAGCGAGGCAGGCGAAGAAAGCGCAGAAGGAGGCUGAUGUCGUAAGGUGAACGGACGGGGGCUUCGGUUGGUUUUGGAAUCGGACAGUCCAUAUCAUCUGGUACCUCAUCCCUGCACAAAAGAGUUGUGGGUG